AUGUCGUCGCACCCCAACUUUGCCGCCGCCGGCCUCUUCCUCAGCAGCACCCUCGUCCUGCUCGGCCUCAACGGCAUGGCCCGGCCCGCGGGCCACCUCUGGGCGCUGCAGUUCCCCGUGCCCGUUGAGUCGGCGGCGCGGAAGUUGAGCUUCGCGCUCAUGCGCAUCUGGGGCAUCCGCAACAUCGCCGUCGGCUCGCUCCUCGCGCUCAUCUGGCGCACGGGCGACGACCGGCUGCUCGCGCACGGCCUGGCCGCCGGCGCCGCGCUGGCCGUGACCGACGGCUUCGUGAGCCGCAGCCUGAUUGGCGGCGGCGAGGCGCAGCACUGGAUGGUCCCGCCCGUGCUGGCCGUCAUCAUGGCCGGUCUGUAUGGGUGGUUUGAUUGA